GAUUCCUUUGAUUCUGGAAUUAGCUCGUUUUUCUGUGAAAGUAAACUACCCUGAGCUUGCCUAUGAUUGCAUUCUUGAUUUGAAGAGAGCUGGGAUUACUGAGCAAGGGAAACUUAUUGAAAUAGAAUGCCUGGAAUAUGAAUAUGAAAUUAAAAAAAACGGCACUAAAAUUGUGACUUACUCCAAAGGAGCUGUUGAGGCUCAGUUGAAAUUGAUAAAAAAUCUUGAGUUAACCUUAAAACGUGCAGUUCAGUUGAGAGAUCCUGAUGUGAUUCAGGUUGUUUGUACAACCCAGUGGAACCUGUGCUUACCACUACUACAACACAACCUGCACCAGCGUGUGCGACAGCCAUUGGUAGCCGUUGCUGAUGUCCUUGAAGAGAUUGACAGCAUGUUGGUUUUGUUGCGUUGCCAAGUUCAUAUGGAAAUAGCUCGUAUUGAAGAAGAUGAGGAUAGAAUAGAGGCUGCUGUGGAGCACCUGCAGAAAGCUGUACGUCUGAACGACAAGGGGCAGUACCAGGAGUGUCUGGGACUGGCUUUGAACCGUCUUGGUUCGUGUGCUCUGCUGUGUAAGUCACCCGAGCGUCCGGAGGAUCAGGCAGUAAUGAUGAUUGAACAGGCUAAAAGGAGAAAGCAGAAGGAUAAUGGGAGGACAAAGAGAUCCCUUCUGGUAAAUGCAGGUCUUGCACUAGCUCCUGAUUCAUUUCAAAUAGUCCUUGACAGUGAAAAUGAAGCUAAAGUUUCCUCAGGUAAAAGUAGGAGUCCGCUAAGCAAGCUCUGCGCAAAAGCACAACAUCAUAUUAAAAGUGUGGAGGAGGUUGAUGAACAUUGGAAACACUUCAGAGAUGAAAAUUACAGAGAGAGAAUUAUACUCUGGGCAGAUUUGGCAAAAGUUGCACGUAAACAAGAAGUAUGGGAUGUCUGCCGUGCAGCAUGCAGAUUUUGCCUCAUGUAUGAUGAUACUUUGUUUAGGAAGAUAACAAAACUUAAAAAAACUAGUACAACUAUGGUGGGUGAUGAUCAAGGUGAUGGCUUAAAAGAAGAAUCAUUAAUGCCUGCUAAAUCCUUCUCUUUUGAAAGAGAUUUACUCAGAAUAUUAGCAGAAAUAAGAUUCAUCAAUGCAGAGGCAACUGUUCAUUUAUUAAGAUUGCAGGGAAUUGAACUGAAUGAUCAUGCUGAACCUCCAGAAGAUUCAAGUCCAGGAUAUGUUUUACAUGCUCCUGAAAGUGAUCCAGAAUGGAAAACAUACAGUUCAUGGAUAGACUGCUUAUCUCGGUAUGCUAUGGAAAACUUCCAACGUGCAGCUGAAAUAGGAGAAGAAUUGAAUGAGGCCUGGAUUGUUCACAAUGCUGUGGUGUAUGUCUUAAACUACAAUAGGCAUCUUAUCUGUUUGGGAAAACAGAGGGAAAUUGUUGAGUAUCUGCGGAAUCUUCUUGGAGCCAUCAAGGCUGUUGGGCAUAAUGGAAGCACUGUGAUUUUAUUGAUGUUGUGUAAUGCUUUGGCUCGGGGCUUAAUUCUUUGUUGGAUUCCAAAGCCAAAACUUUCUGAAAAGGAAAAAAAAAAUGCAGCAACAGAUGGAAGUGAAAAAGAUGCAGCGAAGAAACAUGAAAAUACAAAUGUCAUCCAGUGUUUUUCGGUAGAUCCCAGUGGACUUCCUGAUAUCAAAGAUGCCAUAGAGAUUUGUGAAUUUGCCCUAAAUGUGACAACUGGAACCACACCUAAUGAAACAAUACCUAUUGCUACACAACAACAGAUCAUUGCUACAUGGGUGAAGGCAAAACAGUUAAAUCAGCAGCAGAUCGGACAUAAACUGGAGAUGGAGGAGGCUAAUGGUAGAGCACAAAAUCCUAUGGCAAGAAUUCUUGUUGGUCUAGAGAUGUAUUCCUGUAAUGGCUUGGGUCUCAUGGAUUUCACUGUUCCUGGCUUAUCUCAGUUAGUGAAAGCUGCUUUGGAAUGCAGUUGGACAGAUUCCUUAGUGGAACUGCAGACACUGACACGACUUACAUAUUUCGCAUAUGUAGCCCAUAACUAUGAAAUAGUGAUGACUUGUGCCAAAAGGAUCUUGCAAUCAGAUGAGAACUUUUUGCACAACAGAGAUACUAAGAAAUAUGAAAUGCCUGAAAACACAGUGAGACAAGAAAUGUUAAGUGUUGCUGCCAGUAUACAAGGGAAGACUAUAAUGGAAAAUUUGUCUGGAAGAAAACGUUUGCGCAUAGCAGCAUCAAAAGCCUUUUUUCAGAGUGCCAGGUAUGCAGGUGAAGCAGGGAAUUACUCCCUUGUAAUGUUUGCAGCUAGACACUUUUGGAAUACAUGUUUACCUUUGCUUGAUUCUCCACGUGACAGAGAGCAGUUUAAAGAACCUACUGAAAUAAUUCUUAAGAAUAUAAUUGAAGCAGAAUCUAAAAAUAAAGGGGAGAAGGAAGAUACAUUGGCUUUGCAUCAGUGGAUUACAAAGGAUUUUCAAAGUGUUGAAUUAUCAGUUGGAUGCUUUCUCCCAGGUGCUGAGGAAGACCUAACAUUAAGAACCUCCUUAUAUGGGUUGUUAUUCCACAUAUAUGCUGAUAAAGCUGACUGGGAGACAGCACUAAAAGUCCUGGAUGAAGCUAUUCGAGUUUUGCCUGAGACAAGACACAGGCUCCUGUUUUUUAAACACAUGGCUACAGUGAAGGCAAGAUUGGGAUACAAUUUUAUGAUGGACGUUCAGAAAUGGAGAGAUGAAAGUGAAGAUUGUUUGUCACAUAUGUGGCAUCAUUUGGUAACAGCCUCCAAAAGUAUUGUUGGACAGUUAAGCUGUUUUCAAAAUGCAAUCAAUUUAAAGGAAGAAGAAAAUGAAUGGCAGAAAGUUGAUUAUCUGAUGGAAUUUGCUCAAUGGCUAUACUGUAACCAGUUUUCUCUCAAUGAUGUUAUUAAACCUCUGGACUGGGUGAUAGAUCUCUUGCUACAUAUGAAAUUUUCUAUGCAGUCCUUGCAAGAAGAAGAAAAAAAUACUGUACCAAAAUUUUCAUCUAGAGAAAUUUUGAAGAUAGACAUUGGAACAAAUGAUAUCAUGCCCCAGAUUAAUUUGGAAGAUUUGAACAAUAUUAAACAGUUGGAAGCUUUGUUUAGAGCACAGACGUUGAUGGCUUUAAUCUCUGGUUUUGGUUCUCCUUUUCAUCAGCAGCACUGUUUGAUGGCAUAUGCUUGUAUCAUCCGUAUCUGGCAGAUAUCAUUGUCAGCAUCAGGACCUCUUACAAAAGUAUUAUCCAAGUCUUCACAAGUUACAGCUACUCAGAAGGUACAGUCAAUGAAUGCUUCUAAAAAAGAGAAGGCCAAAAAGAAAGAUAAACAAGUUGAAAUUCCUGUUGAGAAAGAGAAGCCUAGCAGGAGAGGAUCAGUUGAUACUUUGCCAGCAAAAGCAGAAGAAUGGGCUCAUUAUCACUGUCCUAAUGAAAUCAGAGAUACUUUUAAACAGAAAACAAAUAUUUAUGGUAUUAACUGGGAUAAUUUCCCAAAACCUACAUGCACUUUGUAUUUUAUGGACCUUUUAUCUAAAGAACUACAGAAAAUUUUUUGCCCCCACUUGAUCCUUCCUGUCUUUCAGCUAGCUGAAGUUAUUGCUAAUGACGUGGUGGGAUGUAGAAGUCUGUCUGAUCUUUAUCACCUUCGACUUGCCCUGAUAUGCUCAGACCUAAAGCUGAGUCAGGCAUCUUUGUAUCAUGAGAAGGCUGCUGGAGAAGCAUACAUUAGUGAAUUAGAACAAGCAAUGUGUAGGCAAGAGAUUGCCCUGGAAAAAGAAAAAAAAUUUCUUGAGUUAAAUGUGGUAACAGGAAAAGGACUGAGUGCACUCUCCUUCCCUUACUUGUGGGUAGAAAAAGCUGAAGUACUAAUUCAGUUAGGUUUGUAUCAACCGGCGAGACUUCUCCUUUCAGAGGCCCAUGUUGCUACUCAGGAACUGAGAGACUGCUAUGGUAUGUCAAGGUGCUUGUACUUGCUUGCUGUAUUGGCUAACCUGGAAAAAAAACAUGGACAAGCUAAAGCACUCCUUGAGAAAGCACAGCUCCUAGGAGGAAAUGAACAGUUUUGGUACAAAAGUACUCUUAGUCUAAUAGAAGCAAUUCUAAAGGAAGAUGGGAAAGGAAAAUGGAGCAUGGCUUCUGAGAUACUGGAGCACACUGUAAAUGUGUUCAGGUCUACUUCACUGGAGAGACCUAACAGACGAUCAGAGUUGGGAUUUAUAAUUGCAUCCCUUGAAUUCAGGAAAACACUUAUUCAGAUACAUUUUGCCCAAGAUUGUAUGACAUUUAGUGCUGGGUCUUGUCAAUUGUCACUUAAGCUACAGGAAUCCUGUGAUCAACUAGUUCAAGUUGAGAAAGAAUUCUUUCAUUAUGGGUAUAAAAACUGCAGUGCUGAGAUACUGCUCGAACGUGCAAAUCUUCACAGGAUGAUUGCCAAGUGGGAAAGAAAUGAAGAAGAAAAAUAUAGUCAUUAUCUAGAUGCUUAUAACUUGGCUCAGAGGGCAGUAUCCAAAACAGAAGAAGUGUUUCAUAAUGUUUGUAGCAUAUCUGCACUUAAUGAGACUACAAGUAUUAGUAUCCCAUUAAUGAGGCAAUUAGCUAACAGGAAAAUAAAUCUUGUAGAAAUUCUUUUGGAUAUUUUUCAUCUUGUUAUUACUGAGAAAAAGCUUAAGACAGUGGGAGAAGCAUCAUCUGACAAAAUUGUGAAGGCAUGCAUCAGGGGAACUGUUGAAGAUGAUGCAAGAGAACAGGAUUGGAAGCGUAUGAAGUGCACUGUGGGUCAUGUUACACUGGCUCAGUUAGCAAACAUGCAGAAUCUUUGUAAAGGCUGUCCUGAUAUCAAAUCCAAAUGCCUACAUCUCACUGGAAAAACUCUUCAUUUACUUGCCAUUAACGUGGGUCCUGUACAUUCAGAGAUUUACUGGAAGCCAAGUGUUAUGAAGAAACAUAGGUUGUCUCAGAAAUAUCUUUCUCAGUCCAGCGAAGCUUUGCUACAGUGCAUGGGUAUUGCAUUCCAUCAUAAUAUUACUGAUGUUCUUGCUCCUGCUAGUUUUGAAAUGGUUGAAUGCUUUCAACAAUUUGAUCCAGUUUCAACUAGCCAGUUUUUGGCACUUCAUCAGAGCUGUUCAGUGUCUAUGAUGAUGAAGAGUAUCCUUCUAACAGCUACAUCUAACACCAGCAGUUCUCAACUGGCAGCGUUACUGCAUCUCCAGAAUCAUUUAAAACAGAACAGGGACACAAGUGAUCUUCUAAAAAAUGUGGAACACCAACUGACUGCUACUGCAAUGGCAUGGAGAAAUCUCUGUAUUCCUGUUGAACACUUUAACAUCAUGGAUGAAUUGCCAUCUAAUUUCUACAUAAUUAUUCUCCAGCAUUCAGAAGACAGAUCAAAUUUGUACAGUUCACUGAUUGAGAUGCCAAAAGUAAAUGCUGCACAGCAAAAAGGAAAACCCACUCAGAGAAUGGUGCAAGCUAAAGUUUCUCGCUGUCCUGUGAAUCCUGAUACACUUUGUGUUUUGUUGGAAAAAGUGCGUCUUUACAAGCAGCAGAAGAUGAAGAAUCAGCUUAAACAGACUGUUGUACAAAACUGGCAAGACUGUGUCUCCAGGACAGAUGUGACUCCAACCAAGGAAACAGGUGAUAAUGGCCAUGAUUUCACAUCAGAUUUCUCUGAAAUAUUAGAGAUUAUGGAAGAAUACCUGAAACCUGUGCUGUCAGAGUUUAAUUUUUCUGGUGUCAGAGAACAGACCACAUCAGUUUCAGCAGCUGAAACAGGAAAAAUAAAAGUGAAAGAUGAGGACACCAAACACACUGGAAUGCAGGGUACACCCAUGGACUUAGGAUUGUGUGUGAUAUUACUAGGAGAUAUGCUAUUUAUGGAGUUGCCUUUGGAAGCUCUGAGUAUCUUUAAAAAGGAAGGAAUAAGUUCUGUAUCCAGAGAUUUUUCUCUCCAGAUUCUCUACAAUCGAGUCCAUCUGGCUGAGUCAGCUACUGAAGUUAAAACAGAUGUCAAAAUAUCUAAAAAGACAAAACCAAAAGCUCAUCAGAAAAAGAAUGUCAAAAUGGCACCAAUUAAUCAUGAUUUACACUCUAAUUGCUUGCCUGUUAAUGCUCAUAAUUUCAAAUAUAUUGUGGACCCCUAUAAUGAAGGCAGAGAAGCAGAAGCUUUAGGUCCUUCACAAAAAAUAAAGGAAAUCCUAGAAAAAUACCAAUAUCUGCAAUGGGAAGGAAUUAUUGGCAAUCUACAUGUUCCAAGCCAAGCUGAAUGGGAGCAGCUGCUGACCAGCUGCAGUGCAUUUCUGUUUUAUGGGAUGGAGAGAUUCAUGUCUCAUGUUGUACUCAACAGACUGGUUGCUAUGAACAUCCCAAAAUGCCAUUUGGUAAUACUUCUAGAUCUGGUGCGGUCAAAGCAAAGUUAUCAAAGAAUUAAAAGCUCUGAUCUCUACAAAAGUUCUCCGUACAUUGCUAUGGAGAGACCAACAGAGACAGCAAUGCUUCUGAGCCUUACUGGUGUUCGUUCCAUUAUAGCCAACCAGUGGUACACUACCUGGCCAGAGAAUGCAGAAAGGCUUGACAUUUUGUUCCAGAGGGAAGUGGAUUCUCACAGCUCUCCUAGAGACAAAGCAGAACAGACCACUCACACUUCCUUAAAUCUUCCUGCAACUCAUCCAUCAUCUUUUAAUUGUGUCCUCUAUGGUUUACCCAAUGUAGUUAUUAUGUAG